AUGAGUUCGUACGGCGAGCACAACGUGAUCCGAGCGCCAUCUCUGAAGCGCGGCAAGAACGACGAGGGACUUCACAAUCGGAUCAAAUUAAAGAAGAUCCUGGGCCUCACCGUGUGUAGCAAUGCCGGCCUCGACGUGUCCUCGACCACCGGCAUCCUGGCGUAUCCGGCGGGAUGCACCGUGGUGCUGUUCAACUCGAAGAAACUGUCCCAAAACUUCCUGCUCAACACAACGAAGAAAGCGAUCACGGCGGUCGCGUACUCACAGUGUGGCCGCUAUCUGGCCACCGGCGAGUGCGGUCACAACCCGUCGAUCAAGGUGUGGGAAUUGGACGCGAACGGUGGCGGCGGAGCGUACGAGAACGGAGCGGCCGGUAGCAUCGUGGCCGAGUUUUCCGGCCACAAGUAUGCGGUCAGCUGCGUGGCCUUCUCGCCGACCGGCAAGUAUCUGGUGUCGGUCGGCUCCCAGCACGACAACAUCGUGAACGUGUUCGACUGGAAAGCGAACCUGAAGAUUGCGUCGAACAAGGUGACGGCGAAGGUAGUGGCCGUCAGCUUCGGCGAGGAUGGCAACUACUUUGUGACGGUCGGCAACCGGCACGUGAAGUACUGGUACCUGGAGGGAAGCCGGAAGUACAAGGAACCGAUCCCGCUGAUGGGCCGCAGCGCGAUCCUGGGUGAACUGCGGAACAAUGACUUCUGUGCGGUGGCCUGCGGGAAGGGCGAGAUGGCCGAGAGCACGUACGCGAUCACCCGCAACGGCCACCUGGUGGAGUUUAACGCGCGCCGGCUGCUCGACAAGUGGGUGAUGUGCCGGACCAACGCGGCCAACUGUAUGGUUGCCAGUACAAAGUACAUUCUCGUCGGGUGUGCCGAAGCCAUCGUAAGGGUGUUCAAUGCCGAAACGCUCGAGUACAUCACGACGCUCCCGCGGACGCACUUUCUCGGUGUGGACGUGGCGCAGGGCGUCCACAUCAACCACAUGAUGGCCGUGCCGCAGAACGCCAAGUACCCGGACACGAUCGCCAUCGUGUACGACGAGGCGCGCUCGAAGGUGAUGUGUGUGUACAACGACCACAGCCUCUACAUCUGGGACCUGCGGGACAUCCGGCGCGUGGGCAAAAGCCACUCGUUCCUGUACCAUUCCGCCUGCAUCUGGGGCGUCGAAACCGUGCCAUUCAGCUACCGCUACAGCUCCGGCGGGGACGUGGCCACGCUGCCGUCCGACUGCUUCAUGACCUGCUCGUCGGACGACACGAUCCGCGUGUGGGACGUGGACGGGUGCGAGCACAACGACAUCUACCGGCGCAACAUCUACAGCAAGGAGCUGCUGAAGGUGCUGUACAUCGACGACGAGCUGAGCUUCAUCCGCGACACGGACAAUCCGAUCCACGGGGCCGAGAAGAACUCCAGCUACGACGGGCGCAACGGGGUGCGGUGCAUCAAGAUUGCGCCCGACAGCCGUCAGCUGGCCACGGGCGACCGGAGCGGCAACAUUCGGAUUUAUAAUCUCAGUAAUCUUAAGCUGAUUACCACGAUCGAGGCGCACGACUCGGAGGUGCUGUGCCUGGAGUACACGAACGAAAAGAUCGAACGACGGCUGCUGGCCAGCGCGAGCCGCGACCGGCUGAUCCACAUCUUCGACUGCGACGCCAACUACCGCAUCCUGCAGACGCUGGACGACCAUUCGAGCAGCAUCACGUCGGUACGGUUCCUCGGGGUCGGCAAGCAGUUCCAGAUGGUGUCCUGCGGUGCCGACAAAUCCAUCAUCUUCCGCCACUACCAGAACAACGUGUUCCUGCGCGGCAACAACUGCUCGGGCAAGAACACGCUCUACGACAUGGAGGUGGACAGUAACUAUAAGCACAUUCUGACCGCGUGCCAGGAUCGGAACAUUCGCGUGUACAGCACGCAGAACGCGAAGCACACGAAAACGUUCAAGGGAUCGCACUCGGACGAGGGCAGCCUGAUCAAGGUGAGCCUCGAUCUGAGUGGCAUCUACAUCGCCACCUCCUGCACGGACAAGACGCUGAGCGUGUACGAUUACUACUCGAACGAGUGCAUGGCGCGCAUGUACGGCCACAGCGAGCUGGUGACGGGGCUCAAGUUCACAAACGACUGCAAGUAUCUAAUAUCGGCCAGUGGCGACGGGUGUGUGUUCAUCUGGCAGGUGCCACACGAUAUGAUCGUCACGAUGCAGGCACGUCUCUCGCAGCAGGCGCUCCGUUCGGGCCACCAGCCGAUCCCGCGCACGCUCCAACCCACCAACCCCUUCACGGAUGCCAUCCUGAACCAUCCGCCGCCCCAGGGACCGCCGGCGGGGGCCGGAAACGCAUCGGGCGAGUAUGGAUCACCACCGAACGCCACUCCGUCGUUCCUGCUCGAAGACCCGGCUCCGGCUGCGCCCGGGUACCGAUUUGCCGACGUCGGCCAGCUGCCCCAGUGGGCGAAACGCAAGACGUCCGAAGAUCAGUCCAAUUCACCCGUCCUCGGCAGCAGUCCUAGUCAGGGAGGCAGCAACUUCGGUGGCAUCGUGCCGAAACCGCGUGGCCGGUGGGGUCAAAAGGGCCAGCUGGAGGAACCACUCGAUCUGCGCAACAUCGUCGAUAGUCCACUGAACACAACAUACACCACCAGCAGCGAUCGGCAGUUGGGGGGGCCACAGAAGGACCACCAGCAGCCUGCGACCGCCAACACACCGACGUCCGGGUACAACAGUGGCAGCUCGAAGGAUAUCUACAGCAACGCUUACCUCAGCGAGGACAGUUCGAUCGACAGUGGGCGGGAGAAUCGGCGCGACCUGGGGAUGACGUUUUUGCAGAAGAAACUGAUGGUCGACGCGAAAGCGCUGCACAGUCUGAACUCGGAAUCGAACACCGAGCACGACGGGGACGUGGAGGACAUUUCAGACGGCGAACGAACGAGCUCCGACCACGGUAUGGUGUACUACCCAACAGCAGCACCGUCCACACCGACGGACUUUAAAAUCAACGACGUGGACACGAACGAGCUCCGCAAAUCGAUCCGACGGCAGAAACUGGAAAAGCAGGGCCUCAGCAUAGCGGUCCAGCUGCAGAGUACGGCAUCCGGCACCGGGACCGGCACCGGCACUUCGGACGACGAGGACGAAGGCUCGACACCGAGCGGUGACAAUGCCGAUCGCUCGCUCGCGUCCACGCUCGGCGGCAGCUCCGAGAGCAUUCCGCAGCAAACUUCGUCCAGCUUCCUGCAAGCCGUCCUCGAUGGUCCGGGCAGCCUAUCCGACCGGGAACGAUCACAAGCACGCAAAAGUAUGAGCGCCAUCCACAACAAUGAUCCGAAGAUCACGACGAGCAUAUCGAAGUCCUUUGCCAACAACAAAAAGGAAGAGCUCAUGAAGGUGAUCAACGAGGCGAAGGCCAAGCUGGAGAAUGGCAUAAUGUUUCAUAAUAAGCGUGACGUUAAAAUUCCCUUAAAUAUUGCUCGUUUGAAGGUCGGUUACCGGUCCGGUCUUCGCGCUAGUCAAAGCAUAUCCGACCUGAGUCACUCGAUGAACAUGGCAGCCGCCAGCCCGGGUCGCGUGCAGCGGAUAGGUAAGUUGUGCGUGUACCGUUUUCUGUAUCCUCCGGCGGUAGCUGCUGCUGCUGGCACUAACUUUCUGCACAGCGCUGCACCGCGCGCGAAACUCGCCCAGCACUGUGCGCUCCUGAACCAGAUCCAGCAGGAACUGCCGCCGUACCCACGGGACGUGGGAAUCUACGAUCAGCCGGGCGCGGGUAACGUCCGCCGCCCGGAAAAGCUGGCCCUAGCCGAGCUUCCGCCCGUGCCGGCCGAUAAGCUGCGUAAACACCCGGGCAUACUGAAGAACUACAAAUCCUGCCCGGUCUCGCCGGUGCACGAAGAGCAGGAAUGGUCCAGCCCGUCGAACCACGACGAAUCGUCGCACAAUAAUGCGUCCGGCCACGGAGCCGGUGGUCGGCACGGGCAGUCGCGCCACUCGAUGUACUACGAAGAUGCCAAAACGAUCCUCAGCAUGAUCCACUCGGACACGGAGAAGAUGAUCCGCGAGAUAACGAGCAAGUACGGCGAUCUCGAUGACAUACAGCCCGCAAAGGAUCGCGCCGCAAAGCGAUCGUCGGAACCGGAGCGAAAGCCGCAAGAUCCGAAACCGGCCACGGUUCCGGGCGUGCCCGUGUCCGUGGGGGACGAACGCCACGAGCACGGCUUCCUGUCGGAGGACGAGCCCAACUUUAGCUCGGACUCGCUCGAGGACUGCAGUCUCGAUCUGGACGUGGAGCAGACGAAGGUGCCAAAAAAACGCAAGACAAUCUGUGCCAAGCAUCGGCCGGCGCUGCCGCCGAAACCCUCACUGCCAAAACGCUCGGUGUCCGAGUACUUUAUUUACGAUCAACCGGCGGCGCCCUUGUUGGCCACCGCGCCGCCGCUGCCACCCUACCGAAACGUGUCACUGUCGGACAUUCUCGAUGACGACGAGGCGAUCCGACAGGCGGAGCAUCGGUUUCUCGAAACGCAGCGCCACUCGAGUGCCAGCUUUUUCCUUGGCCAGCAGUAUCCGACGCGCAAGAGCCAGGAAAGUCUUCUGUCGGACGAGUAUGGUAGCGGCGGAGUUAGCUUCUGCAACAGCAUGGAAAGCAUCCUGUCGGACGAUUCGGAGUGCAAAAGUGCACCGCUCGAGGUGCUGUUUGGGCGUUUCGGGCGACGCGAUCACGUAGGAAUGCCGCCGCCCGGGGGAGGCCGUCUUUCGGCGGCCAACCCGCCCGGAUGCGGUGCCUCUUCCAAGUCGUACGGGUCGAGUCCGAACGCGGGCAGUGGGUUCGAUUACUACAUGCAGGGUGCCUACUUCCAGCAGACGCCGGCGAUGGACACGAUGAUGGGCUACGGGUUCGCCGAAGGGAUCACCGAAUCGCGCUCUCCGCAGCACGGCCGUCGCCAGGGUGUUCCCGGAAUGCCGACGUCCGUCAGCUAUCCACGUUUCCUGCCCAGCAUGAUGUCGGUGGCGACGGCCACCGCCCCACUUGGCGAUGAGGACGAGUUCAUCCCUUCGCUCACAUCGAAAGCGGCUCAGUACGGAGGGGCUACGGUGAAGAGUCUCAGCAAAGACUUUGCCAACCAGCGGAAGCAGCAAAACUCGAACCCACUGUACAACUGCAACGAGUCCACCGGAGGCGGUGGCCCCGCUGCCAAUGAGCUGUUGGUACGCAAACUCGUUAACGCCACCAACGCUACCUCGAUCACUCGCUCGGACAUCUUUGGCACCGCGGAGGCGUCCAUUUACGUGAUGAAGAAGUCGUGCAGUUUCGAGAUCGAGAUGGGCGGUCGCCGGAUUGCGAGAAACUCGAAAAAGUUUGAGCAAAACCUGCAGCGCUUCGAACAGGAGCAGCGCCAGGCGGCGAUCGGCGAACGGUACGGCGGGGACCGGACGCUUGAAAUGGAGUACGUCCCGCACAAGCCACCGGUGGCGCACCGCCGGUCGGCUAGCAUGAAGGGCCGGGGUCGGGUGCGCUCGAAGGAGAAGUUCAACACGAUCAUCGGCCAACUGUCGUCGUCGGUGGCGGGCGGGUUCGAGGAUGGGGCGAAACUGCGUGACUUCGUCGCCCGCGAUCAUCAUCUGGUGGGAAUGUCGGUCUCGGUCGGCAGCCAGUCAGGGACGGGGUCGUGGUCAGAGGAAAAGUCUUUCGAAGUGUACGUCGCCGAGAAGGGCGUCAGCGAGGACGACAACAUGGACAGCCUGGAGCUACUGUCGCGGAAGCACCGAGCGGCGAGCGUGCGGAAGGAAAACUCAACCGAUUCGCUCGACACACCCGAUGAUGGUCACCAACCGCCGCUGCUUACGACGGAACUCGGAGUCGAAGCGCUGGAAAUGGUCGGGAGCGAACUGGAGAAGCUGAUCGGCGGGUGCGGUUUGCUGGCCACCGACGAGUAUGCCAAGUUUCUGGACAUUGAGAAGAAGAUCGGUAUCAUCAACAAGCUGGUCGAGCUGGAGGAACGCAAGCUGGAGCAGGAGCGGGCAUCGAAAGCGUACCGGAUGCGACCGUUCGAGUGCGAUCCGCGGCAGAAGGGGUACGUGAAGAGUUUGACGGAGAACUUUGACCGGCUGGCCAAGGACGCGCAGGACGAGCUGGCGAACGAGAAGAGCUGGCACCAGGCGAAGGCGCGCAUGAAGCGCAACUUCAGUUUGCCCGAUGUGCUCGACUUUGGGACGGCAGACGAUGGGGGGCGGUGCUGUUGUGGCGACGGCGACGAUGCCUACAAGCAGAAGGACGAGGACGAGCUGUCGGAAAAGGACGAACACUCGAUGGCGGCCGUCGUGGCGGCUGUCGCAGCGGCCGUCGCCGCGAUCGGAGCCUCCUCCGAUGGCGACGACGAAGGUGGUAAUCCCCGAAGCUUAAUCUCUGCGCAAGAUAGUGAAUCAUCGAUUAGACGCGCUUGCUCGCUUAGUGAUUUGAGUAUGGGAAAAGGUAAAGCAAAUGGCUAUAAGCCGUCCCCGAGCAACCGAACCAUCAGCACGCCAACACGAAACCCGCCCAAGCGGAGCACCUCAUCGGUGGGAAAGGGUGGCGGCCCGAUGUCCCUUGCGUCCGGCAUGGGGGUGCGCAGUGUGUCGGUGGGAAUGCUCAACCAGGCGAGCGACUCGGAAGCGGAACCGGUCGGUGGUAGUCGGGGUGGUCUGCUGAAGCCAACGAUUUCAUCGCAAAACAAGAUGAACGGCUCGAGCAAUGGGCCCACCAAUGGUAGUGGGGGCAAGUACAUCAAUCCCCGCAGUGCCGCAGGCAUCAUCAACCGGCGAAAGGGUCUCCAGAACGCCUACAGCAGUGUGAACAUUUCGACCACCGGGCAGGAUGAGUCUAGUUCGGAGGAGUCACCGACGAGCGUGGUCAGCCCGAUGCCCACAAAGCCAGCCGUUCCGCCCCGGCCGCGCAGCAUUGCGUUCGAGCACAAGCGGAUAGCAAACGUAAACGCUAGUCUGGUGGCGAAGAAGACGGUCACGCUUGUCGUCGGUGGUGCCACCGAUGCCAAUGGUGGUGGUGGUGGCGGACAAAACCAUGGUGGCAUCGUGCCAAUCAAGGAUACCGAUCUGGAUAACGCGGAUCUUACAAACCAGCUGUGCACGAACAUCAUCAAUCAGCUCGUGCAAACCACGGCCAGCGUCAUACAGCUCCACCAGCGGCUCAAGUCGAGCGACGAAACCGCGAACAAUGGCCGCAACAACUCGCUCAUGCUGAAGGAGCUCGAAAACGCCGUCAUUAUGACGCAAAACAUGCUCACGAAGGUGACCAACCGGAACCACAAUGACGGUAUUAACAAUAACAGUCUGAGCAAUAACACCAACAAUCAAAUCAUGUACGAAAAGUGCGCUGACAUCCUGAACCAGGUGCAGAAGCACGUCAACAAUAACGGCUAGGCAACCCAAAGUCGUGGCCACCAUCCACUCCCCUGAAACACUGGUGUACACGCGCCCUCAGCAGAAGCGACGCUGCACAGCGCGGCGUCAAGUCCCAAUACCAAUCUCAAAAUUGUCGCUCCCGUCCAGCCACCGGUCCGUCCGGGGGCUCACUCGCCGGAAACGGAAAACAUUCCCCGCGGAGGCAGGAGCAACAGAUAAACAGAUGUACAUAAAUGAUCGUGGUGUCGGAAAAAUGCGUGCGUGUGCGUGUGGAAAACGCUGUUCAUUUGAAGUGUUCCGGGCGUGUUUUCUGAAUGCCACCGGUUUUGUUUUGUUUGGAAUGAAAACGACUCACGAGACACUGUGUUCGGAGCAAACUACUGACACGGACGGAAAAGUAUAUCAGCGCCAUAUCUAGUAUGAGUUAAAUACGAGCGUAAAGGAAGAGUGAAGCAACUUAAUGAUCACAUAAAUUUUACUAAACUACUAACAGGACGCUCCAUGCGCCCCACAAGGCGCCCAUGGUUUAAUGAAGAAGCAAAGUUUGGACAUAUUUUUAAGCUUUAGACCGUUUCGUUACUCGGGCGGCCGGUGUGACGUUAAACCCGUUCAGUCACAACUUAGUCUUGAACCGCCAGCAUAAUAGGGACCCUCAUUAGGUGUAAUUAAUCGGAAAGUAGUUUUGUUGCAUCCCCCAUCAGGACCCGGGGAACGCGCUUCACGUUAGGCACUAAUGUUUUAGAUGUAAAUUUAGUUGAAUCGAAUCGUUGGAUUGUUUGUUGAGUUACGUUUGCAUCGAUGAACACGCCGUCCAGAUGAGUUUUCUUCUUUCUUACUCUUGCUAGCUCUCCAUAUCAGACACACUGUUGUGGCUAGGUUAUCUGCGCUUCUAUCGGUGGCCACGGCCCGCGGUGGAAACGGGAAAGAAUGUUUCGUUCAAAGAGCUUAGGUGUUUAACCCGUGUACCACGUCGUAGUCGUUAAUCUCUGUUCUUGUUUGAUAUAGCCUUUGAAUUAUGUAGUUCGUAGUAACGUGGCGUAACCGCGACCACAGGAGGGUUUCUCUCUGCGGUAAGCGUGGCGUGAGUGCAGAGCGAGUUGUUUUACGAAUUUUUUUAACUCUCACCGCCAUUACCCAAAAAUGGCCAAAUGAACAUCGAACUCGUGCUCAUGACUGAUCGACGGCGUAGAAGAGAAACGGAGUUAAGAAGUAAGCAAAUUUCAUCUUCUUAUGACACUAAUCCACAAACACACACAACAGACACUACACACUACAAUGUGUGGUGCGUAACAUUAACG